GAAAUCGUCGGUGGUAUUCGUAGCGUCGUGACGCCGUUUUCAAAGUCGACGUCGUCAGUUCAGCUGCGGCUGAGGUACGGAAAUAACCGCGAAACUCUGGCCAAAUCCGCGACGCCCGUGAAAAUACGACGCCGACGCCAAAAAAUAUACCGCGCUAGUUUCAAAUUUUUUUGUCACAGUCUCUUUUUUUAAACAUAUUUAAUUUGUGUUGCUGUGGUAUUAUAGUAUGACUACGAUAUGGCUUAGGUGCCGACAAUAUCAAUAAACUAAACAAACGUCUGCUGAUAUAUCCUGUACCCUAGGACCGCAUAUUUCCCGCAUAUGAAAUCCGUAACAAAAAACAGAAUCCCCACUGGUAAACAAAAGCAACUUUUCGCAAUGUGGGUGCCUUACAGAGCAUGUAUGUCAUAUUCCCGGCAGAUGAAUUAGUCUAUCUGUCAUAUGGUCACCUCAUAUACGUACCGUCAACCCCUGAACCCGAAAAUCAAUUGCGAUCACCCCCUAUUAGAACAUCCAACGAAGAAAGCGAAUUAUUUUCACCUAGUACAUCCGGACCUAAUCCCGAGCAUAAAGAAUCAAUCACUAGUAACGAGUCAUUCAAAACUAUCAACCGUACAAAAUCGGUAAAGUCCAAACAGAAACCUAAGGACGAAGUUUAUUGUAUAGGUAGUAAAAGUAUAGAUUUAGAAACUAAGGAGACUACAGAUAAAAUAAGAAUAGAUGGUCUGAACUAUGAAUCUAGAGGAUCGUCUGAAAAUCGUUCAUUGAAAAGAGCAGAUAUACCCGAAUUUUCCAAUACUAAUAUUCCAGAACAAUAUUAUGAAAAAACAACGAGCCUUAAUCCCGAAUCUAGUUUUUUUUUGAAACGAUACGCCACAAAUAGAUCUAUCAAAUCAUAUAAGGCAAUAUCAGAGAAGUCUUCUUCCCAGUGUACUGCUAAAUUUAAUAGAUCUGACUUUUUGAAUAGGCCCGCUCAGUCUAAAACUGAAAUUGAACAUCAAUUCAAUGAUUCUAAUAUAAAUGAGGAUGCUAAUCGAUUAGUGAAAAACAAAAAUCUAGCAGAUAACGAUUCUAGAAGUAGAGAAAUACCCAACACUUCUUUAAAGAUAAAAAAUUCUCCAGAAACUCAUUCUAGCAAACCUAAGACAAGUAAAAUAUCAAGAACAAAAGAGGCUGAUAAUAUAGGAUGUAAAACUCUAGAGCGUGGCUCGAUUUGUAACAGUAACAAAUCUAGUAAAUCUAGUAAAAACAGCUCUAAUUCGUCCAAAUCAAUUACAACUACACGUCCAAGAACUGUGUCGGACUCAAUAAGUAGCACGAAGAUAGAGCCAAGGAAGAAGGUAACGGGAAGUUCCUUUAGGUCUUUUCUUGGGUCAUCUGCGCUGUUGAGAGAUAAGACACCAGAUCCUCCUGUCAGACCUGAACGAAAAAAAGACAAAAAAACAGUACAAACUAGUGAUAAUAGUGAUAGAAGAUUGUCAUAUUCCGAUUACUUAGUUUUAAAUAGAGAACGUGUACCUAGAAGUGAUAUUAUAAACACUAGAAGUGACAAAGUACAAGAAGUGCGCGAAAAACCAAUCAUAAAACGUGAAAAAUCACCUGGUUUGAAGUUUUUUCGCUCGCAGUCUUCAAGUCCUCGAACGCUGGGACGUGACAGAACUGCUUUCGACUUUGACGGAUUAUUUAAGCACGAACCUCCUAGUCCUGGAAAAUUAUCAGUUAAUUCGGCACCGUUAAGGACGCCACCGAGCUCCCUUAUCGAAUCUGAAUCCAACGUAUUAGGUCAUCAAUCAGAAAAGUCGCCGGCAAAGAAAAAACAACUCUUUCAGAACGUUCGAGGAGCUGGUACAACACCAAAAAAAGCAGCUGUUCAGGAACGAGCAAACAUGGCAGGAAAUGAAUCUCCUCUCAAGGAUCUCACUCAUCCGGCAUACAACGAACACUUGAAAUCUCACAAUGCUGUUAGCUUCAAGCUUAUUCGUACUGUUUCCGAUUUCACCCAACAGUUGGGCCAGAUGUACGAGCAUCACGCGGAAGAGCUUCAAAUGCUCGUCGCUAACUUCCGGAAACGAAACGGGGAACUCAGGAAGGAAAGACCUGCUUGUCCUAGUUCGUUAUUUCACACGUGGGAAACACUACUACAAGAAGUAGAGAUAGAUUCUCAAGCUCUUGGAGAUAUCGCUUCGAUUCUCGGAAGACAAGUUUCAAGGCCGUUGUUGGAAAGGUCCUUCCAUAGAAAGAUACAAUCGAGAAAAGUGUUUUCGCACAGGGAAAGCUAUGAAACUAUCAUCGCGAAAACAGAAGAGAAACUAGCAAAGUGUCGGCAAGAAUACAAAAGUGCAUACUUGGCAUAUUUAUCAAAUCCUUCAACUGAAUCGCUAAGCGCUUACUUCAACACUCACAAUGCUUACAUACAACAACUGCACGCAACUAAUGGGAUGAUGGAGGAAUAUGGGAAACAUACUUUACCGUCUUUACUACAGGAAUUAGAAGAAAUUUACGUUGAUUUAUGCUCAACUGUGACUGAUGCGGUAGUACAGGGUGCAGAAGUAGUCUCAAAUAGAUCUAUGGAUCAAAGUAGAAGAUAUGAGAGCCUUAUCUCUCAAUGUAAGGCUGUUUCUGCUAUAUCCGACCUCACUCACCUUUCUCGAUCGUUACCCGUCCCACAAGGAAGAGGUCCGAUUUUACGAAGAAUCUUUGUUCCUCCUCAACCUCCUCCACAACCAACAGAUGUCAUAGAAGGAGAAAUGCAAGACUCACAAAUUAACGAUGGAAUACCCCCACCCUUAAGAGAUGAACUAGUGAUAGAUAAACUAUCAGCAGUACAACUAAAACCAAGUCACGAUGUCCUAAAAAAAGAAGCAUUGGAUUUAGAUGUGCAAAUUCGUCAAAUACAAGAUUCUAUAGAUACAUUGCUUCGCAUGCAACAAAAGUCCGUGGAAUCAUCACUUUAUAACAAAGCCAACGAAUUGCAAGAAGACAUAUCAAUGAAGAGGUUCGACCUUAGAGUUGCACAGAUACAUCUUAGUGCCAUUAAUUCACAGAAAGAAUUGUUUUCGAAUAAACUCGAAGGAGAUACGGUAACUCGCGAACGUAAAAUGUCAUCCGCAUCUCAAGCAAGCAUGAAAAAUAAAUGGCUCAAGGCUUUUAAAAGUCUUAAAACCCCACCACCAGAAACAGAACCAAAAAAAAACCAAAUGUAUCAUGCAGUUUCAACGAUCAUGUCUAUGAGGAAAAAUGGGGCCGCUGCUACAAAAGAAUUGCUUAAAGGAGAUCCGGACGCGCAUAACUUUCAAGAAAAUACAUAUAAGAAAAUCACUCCUUGUGAUGUUUGUUCGCAGGUACUGAGAGGACAUACAAGGCAAGGUCUGAAAUGCAGGAUUUGUAAAAUGAAUAUCCACUUCGACUGCGUAGAUAAAGCAUCGAAAUGUCAAACAAAAGCAAGACUUCUUAGACGACAAAAAUCGACAUCUGAAAUCGAAACCAGAAUCCCAGAUAUGAACCUCGACGAUGAAAGAGUGGCGGGAGUGUUUACAAUGACAACUAUUAACAGACGUUUAUCUAUGAAGAACAACAACCAGAUUUACCCAAAUCUCAACAACGCUGUUGUUUUAGAAACUACAGAAGUUGAUCAAAUUUAUCAAGUGCUUAAACAAGCUACCGAAAUAUCUAACAGCAAACCGCGGGUCAAUGUAGAAAUAAUAGCUCCAAUGGAAAAAUCCGCUUCUGGUUCUAAUCCUGGAAGUUCUGGUAGCUCGGGACAAAGUUUAAACCGCAGAGGUACGCCUCUGCAGCCAACUAGGAUUCCUGGAUCAACCUUAGCAGUUAUUAACCCCGCUCCCUGCUCUACCAGUUCAGCUCCCCAUUCUCCUAGACGACAAAAACUCAACCUACGGAUGAAGAGUUUAUCUCUGGACUCACCUGAAAGUACAGAGCAUGUAAGAAGAGGAAAGCAUCACGGAACGAAUGCUUCCAGUGAUCCGCAUUCGAAUCAAAGCAGCUCUUCGAGGAUUCAGUCCCCUUCAAGUCCUGUUCAUAAUCGCCGACUGCUUUCUGCCAAAAAUAUAAGAAUGUCGUCUGUAGAGUUACCUGACGAGAACGAUAAGAGCCCUUCAUCCGCUAGUGCUUCUCCGUGUCCAAGUCCAGUAGGAGGAAAGAAAUCCCAUCGCCUCUUACCAACCAACCUCUACGUAGUUCUGUACAAUUUCAAAUCAAGACACCAAGAUGAAUUAGAUUUGAAAGCGGGAUACAAAGUAACAGUCAUUGAUACUUCCGAUCCUGAUUGGUGGAAAGGAAAAUGCCUUGGGAGAAUUGGAUUUUUUCCUUCGAAAUAUGUUUCGAAAUUGUCUUCUGGAGAAAAACCAUUACAAGUCACCCAUAACCUACAAGUGUCUGAUGGUGACAAUGGUCUGAUGCUUCUCAGGGACCAAAUAGUCAUACAAAUUGGAGAAGAGUUGGACGGUAUGGUGAUGAUCCGAUCUGGAGACAACCGCCAGGGUAUUUGUCCAAUAAAAUUUCUCCAGGAAGUGUGACAACGUAGUGAAGUAGCUUGUCAGGCCACUUCACCUUGUAAUUGUCUUCAUAAACAGCAAAAUGCACCGCAAACCACCCUUAAGAAGAUUUAUUACCCCAACCCCACGCCAAGAUUGAUCCAAAAUAAUGUUUCGAAUAAACAAAACAAUAAAAAGAAUAACAGUCACUCGGGAAGUAUUUUACAAUAUUAUUACAAUAAUUUCGGAAGGAAUAAUAAAGAUACUAAUGUUUAUAAUAACGUUUUGAAUAGAAGGAAAACGGAAUUGGCUUUUCUUCAUGGUAAAGCACCGUUUUCUUCUACAAAACGCCCACUUUCUAUCCGACUUUCAACUCCCAAGCACGUAAUUAAUAUCUUCAAAAACAAAUCCGACUCGCAAAAAAGACCCUUAUUGCUACAAGGAUCGCAAACUAUGAACAAUCACCCAAAUUUCCAAAUCAUUCCCAAUAAAACUGGUUUAAAAAUAUCCUCAAUUUACACAAUCAGCGAAAACGUUGAAAAAUUUAGUCUUUAUAGAAAAAAUCUAUAUAUUUCAUCGAAUAGCAGGCCUCUAUUUGUUAGGAUAUAAUAUUUUUUGGUAAUCACCUCCAUAUUUUUGUAAAUUGCAUUAGAAUAACUCUAAAACUUCGUUAUUUUUGAACCAAUGUAAUCGUGAAAUGUGGCUUUACGUCCAAACUAAUUAAUAAUAUAUUAUUCAAAUAAAUGCUCCCAUUGAUAAAUGAAAAUCCAUAACUAGGCCAUCAUCGGGAAGUGGAAAAAGUCAUAAUGUGUAUGUGACAUAGAAACGGAUUAUAACUUUUGUAGCUGUGUCUUGUGAUAAAAGUUUCCAUAAUAUUGUGCAAUAGAAACGCUGCAGAUAGAUGGAAGGGAAGCAGAAUUUGGUAAUCACAAGGCAGUCCGUUUAUCUGCCUGUCAAACUCUCAUUAACACAGGAAGAAAAAUCCUAGGAGAUAACUUAGUCGAAGAGUCUUGCUCCAAAGCCAACGAUUUCCUAUUCUGGUGAGCAUCUUUGGGCUGAAGCGAUGGCGACCAAGGGUACUGCAAAGGAAGUACCCAGGUAAUCAGGACCAACAAGGCUUCCACAUUCUUAGUAUUAAUAGUAAUAUAAGUGGUUGAAGUCAUCUAUGCUCCAAACAAUAACUAAUAGAGUUGAGUGGUUCAUGUUUGGUUUGAAUAGAUUUGAGUAGAUGGAAGCAUUUUAUAUUCAGCAAGAGUACAAUAUCAAAUAGUUUGUAACAAACAAUGUAUACUAAUUAGAAUCUUCAUUUUCAUGAAGCUCGAAUCAUGCAAAUAAGAAUUAUAAGAAAACUAUUUUCUGCAAAAGUCAAUUCAUAACUCUUUAUCGGAAUUUCCAAAAAGAUAUUUUGCAAAAUUCAAGUAGUUAUAAACGAGAUAAAUUACUUCAAUUUCUUCAUUCUUAGGUCUUUACAUUAUCAUAUAUAUUUUGAUUAAGGUAAAACGUCUAAAAUGUUUUUAUAUAAGAAAAAACAUAAGACCUGAAAUCAUUUUUCAUUCAUAAUAUCACUUCGACUUUUUAGCAUGCAAUAUUUAUUCAUACUAUAGUAUCGAUUUGCAAUAAUCAAAUACUGAAACCGGACAUCAGAAUUGCAACGAACUGUUCUUAUUACAGCAAAGUGAAUCAAUCGACGCUUAUGAUGAUUUGUAUAUAGACAGAAUUGUGAUAAUGUAAUUUUGAAAUUAUCCAUCACAUCAUUGUACCAGCCAACAUCGCGGUAUCGUUGUCAAAAUUUGCUAUAAGGUGCAUUGAAAUAUAACAUGGAAUUAAAUCAUGUACUAUCACCGUUUUUUUUUUUCACCGGACAACGGACCGUUCAUAAAUGGCUAUCCUUGUAUAUGUUAGUGUUAAUGUUCAAUGUUAAGAUGCACCAGUGUAUGUCGACAAUCACCAAUUUCGAUGGUGUAACCAGAAAACUGUUCUUAAUUUAUACUUGAAUCGGACAUCCACCGGUUAACUGACACGGAGGAGAUACUGUGAACCCGGCGAUUUACAAUUUGUGUGAAUGUUAACAAACAAUUUGUGACUUCAUUAGUCAUAUACUGGCCCAGAACUUCUGUUUCCACACAUCAUUAUUUCUCUAUAUCAAUCAGGCAGGCAUCAUAAUUUCGGUCAUAAGAACAUUGGCCAAGUCAUCCUGGUCUAUGAUAACUGUCACCGGUGAAUGACAUUCACCAACAACCUUGGUGAAUGUUAACAGGCACCAGAGUAUCUUAACAUAUACUGCAUUUCGGGCAUUCACAGUAACAUAUACAUAUAUUUUUUACCGAUUGGAUGUUACCUGGGACUGCCACCUCACAUGCGCUAGUUAAUAGUUUUGAACUGGUAGUCAGAAAUUACGCACGGUGAAAUGAUUACUAAGAAAAUAAAACGUGUUGGCCUACUAUUUGUACAUGAAGAAACAAAAAGAAAUAGAAAAACGUAAAAAGUCAUUGUAGGUGAAUCAUAUAUUAUUGGAAAGGGAAGAGUAUAGUGCAUUUCAUACUCUUUACGCAGUUGGAAAAAUAUGAAUCUAAAUUACUUUCGGAUGAAGAAAGAAAUCGUUCAACUUUUAUUAUCACCGAUAUAUAAUGAAAUAACACACAGUACAGGGCCUAUUUUCAACUAAACUUAUUAACAAUUCUAUGUCAAUAGCAGCUAGACAGGUAGACGGCACUCCAUUUGCAGAAAACGUCCAACAGGGUCAACACGCACCGAUACACUGGCGUGUAUGACCGCACUUUCUUACACUGGAACAGAGUCGGACAUGCCGCAGUAUAUUUUAAUUCAGUUUUGUGUUUAAAAAAACGAAACGAAGCAGUGGCAUUGGUAGUCCUUAGCAUGUGUUUGUCUAAAGCCCAUUAUAUGAAUCUAAAAAUUUGCCAUAAAUGGAUAUUGAAAAAAAUUCAAAGCAAUCAAAUAAACAGUUUCUUCUAAAAGAGUCGCCGACGUUCGACGAAAACAAUGACCAAUGUACUUUGUAGAUUUUUUAAAAACCAAAUAUUUUGCAAUAAUACAUGGUUUUUUUUAGAAACGAGUUAUAGAUUCUAACGGAUUAUAGAUAAUAGCGUCCUUGUCUGUAAAUAAGAAAUAGCUCAUUUUCAAAGCAUUCAUGUGAAAGAAAGAAAGAAGAAAUAUAAUCUAUAAGUGUCCAACUCUUUAUUACGACUCGUUUUUUUUUAAUUUAUUAUGUACACUACACGUGCGACUCAAAUGUUUACUACCAACAAAUUGGUCAUAUGAAUAAUCUCCGCAUUUUCCCAAAAACGUGUUUACGGUGCCUUUUCAGCCUUCUAUGCAAUUUCGUCGAGAAUUUCGAAAUCUUGUUCCAUUGAUAUAAACAUUCGGCAGAAUUCCUACUUAGAACCGUUGAUACAUAAAUAAUAAUUAUUUAUUUUGAAUUCGUAUUAUCUCCUCAAACUUAUACUCCUCCUCUACCCCUACAAGGUACUAAGCGAAACUAUUAUUUGACAUAGUGCUAAACGUUUACUUCUUUGAGGAUGCAUGUUGUUUCAAUUUUCAAAAUUUCAACGGACUCAAAAAAUGAAAAAAUACAUCGUCGUUACGAAUAAAUAUUUUCCAUUAGCAGUUCAAACUUAAGAGAUGUAGGCACUAGCUUAACACAUUGACUACCAUAUACUUAUUUCAAUAGAUUCUAGGUUGCGAUGAGAUUUUUUCAAAAUUACCUCGUUGAAUUUCAGGAAUUUAUUACUCAACAACAACUUCUUCUCUUCUUCUACUAUCUAUUAAUGAAUGUUUGCGAUCACUUCUGACCAUUUUAUCUUGUCUCUGGUGGUGUCGAUUAAUUCUCCUGUGGUUCCUACCCCUGCCAAAUUUUGAUAUGGUGGAGCCACGAUAUCUUCUCUUUGCCCAAUCACCUUCUUCCCUCUAUCUUCUUAGUCUCCUCGGAAUGUUUACGUUGAUUUUUCUUGCUCUCCAUGGAACUCUCAAAAUUCUUCGGUAGAUCCACAUCUCAAAUGCUUCCAAUCUGUUCAUGGUGUUAACUAUCAGUGUCCAGACUUCCAUACCGUAUAAUAGUGUGUUCAUAUUGAUUUUCAUAGGACAACUGUGUAUUCCAACUGUGCUCAGGAGCCUUUGGACGUAAUUCGUGUUGUCUGCUAUCAAGACUGUGUCAUCGGCAUAUCGUAUAUUGUUUCUGGAUCAGAGAAUGCACUCCUGCACUGACAUUAAACAAUGUUUUUGUUUUUUUUUGUAUAAAAUUUAGUGAAUACCAACGUUAUUGUUGAAACUUGAGAAAGAUCCUUUCUAAACUAGUAUAUCAUGCUGCUCACUUCAUUAUUUCAGAAAUACGUGUAACAACACGUAACAACACAUUUCUAAAAUUAAUCAUUUUCUGACGUUCUAAUAGUUAAAGUUAGUUAAAUUGAUCGAACUUGUACCUAUGUACCUAUAUUCGACUCCUUAUUCGAAAAAUUUAUUAAGUUGUUAUAAUUCGAUUUUAAUUGAAGCGAAAGUAAAUAAUAAAAAAAUGUACCAAAAUUGCAACCUGCUUCUAGCACAAUUUCUAGAUGUAAGCGUGAUUUCGUGACAGCACGUGGCCUCUCGUGGCGUUUUGUACCCUGAACUCAUUAUUCUGUUCACUAACAGAGGGCCCAGUAGUAAACUCCAAAGAAAUAGCAGCGAAGAAUAGUUUGUAUGCAAUGUACAUAGUUAUUCAUUGUACAAAUAUUGAAGGUAAUAUUCUAAUCAGUUUAUAAAUAUAUGAACGUUUUUCAAAAAAUAGUUAAAGAAGCUGAAAAAGCUCCUCCAGUUUUAUUACGAAAAAAUAUUUGCUGAGUUCCAUAAGUUUUGCUAUAAACGACGUUAAGAAUUCAUUAUCAGUAAAAUUGUAAGUUAAUCAAAAAGAAACUGCAGAUUAAACAAAUAUUUCUGAAACGUCUGGAGAAAUCACUAGAAUCGCUCAUAUUCAACAAUCUGGACUAUCAGCAAGACAUGAAAUGUUUGUGUUUUACAUUCGACAGAAGCAUGGAUGAUUUGAGUUUUGAGAAAAUUUUAAAAUCCAUACUUUAUUCGAUCGAAGGUCUUUAAUAGAAUAAUAACCCACUUUUCUGUCUUGGCAUAUAAUUACUAUUUUCUCAACCACAGGUUUAUCCUCAUCUAAUCAUAUACUUACUCGUAUAUAACUAGCUCUAUUACAUGUCAACAAUAGCUCCAUAAUUGCUAUUUUUUAAUAUAACCGACAAAAUUUACACCCUCAAAAACCAGGUUGUUUUUCUUCAGGAUCUGAAAAAUUGUUUUGUCAGUUUCACUUGUUAUUAUAGUAAAUAAUUUUUUCUACGCCCAUGUCUGUAAACUUACAUAAGACUUUAUUUGGUCUAUUUACACAAAUUUAGUCAAUUAAAACACAUAAAAACUUUUAGCAAUAGCGAGAUAUAUCUAGGAUUGAAAGAGUGAUGCCCCUAAAUGUAGGCAGCACAUUAUGCAAUAGGACACGUUUUCUUAAGUAGCAUGCAUGAAAGGGCGUAGAAAAAGAAUAGUACGUUACACGAGUUGUAAGCCCAUUACAAUUAAAUUGUUUUGUUCGAUGGAAAUAAAAAAAAUCUGACUGUUAAAUAAUUUCAAGCAUAUUUUUAAAUACAGUGUCACCUAGGCGUGGGGAUGAGGUCCCGUAAUAAGCUUCAUAAGAUGUUUAUACUUCACUACUUUGUAGAUUUUAAAAAUUGUUUUAUAAGUGAGACUGCAAAGCGGAAACAUUCAAAGAUCGCGUUUCUUCGAACAAAAGAAAAGGGAUUCUUGCUUAUCAGUCUUCACCCACAUACUUAAAAUACAAUUUUAAAUAUGGUAAAUUCACGACUUCAAACUAUCGAUUUUUAACUGAGAAAUUUAUUCUACUCAUGAUGAAAUUCUUUGUUGAAAAGAAUCAUACAUAAGAGAGUAAUAGAAAAAAGACAUACAGAUACACAAGAUGAAAAACCACGUCACUCUAUAUCAGAAAUAAGUAAAAAAAAAUCUUAAUCGAUCGUGGAAAACUAAUUAGAAAUAUCUCUCAACAGCCGUAUAUAGUUCUUUCCUUUCCUUUCCUUUCAUUUCCUGAAAUAUCCUUCCAUUAAAUCUCUUGCUAUCGACGAAGGCUAAUUAUCGGAAUUAUAAACUCUACCAAUUUUUAAGAUAUGCUGAAACACUGAUUUGACAGCUUCUAGGAAACUAGCUUCCCAAAGAGCAGCUUGUACAUAGAGAUUCACUAUAUGGUCAUAGAAUCACAUAUAGUAAAUGUAGGAUUCGUUCAGGGUACAAGUCUCUGAACUGAGACCAAUUCUUACAGAACAGAGUGUUGUUCAGAUUUCAUGUGUUUGUUAUAACCACGACGUGGCGUUGCUAGGGAUGGACGUGAAAGCGUUAUACAGGGUUACUUGUGCUCCAAUUAAGUUGGUUGAUUAAUUUGAAGUUGAUUAAUCAUUUUUUCCACCCCUCGAUGAUAACGCCGACCCACUAUAAAGACCUUUAUGCGAGACUAUGGUUCCGUUUAACAAAAAUUUCAUCUUUUAUGUGAGUGAACUGAACGACAUUCAGUGGUAUUCAACUGUGAAUUCCUAUCAGAUAUUUUACAUAAACUUCGCUCGUAUUUAAACUGUAGAACGAUUGAUUGAAUUGAUAAUUAUCAUAAUUAAAAUUGUAUUAUAGUUAAAACCGAAACUCACAAGCAACACGCCACGCCACGCUACAUGUCGAAUAUGUGUGCAUAUGUCCAUUUAAUUCAAUUGUCUGCUUACACACUUAGCACACCACAUGCCACCCCACGCCACGCUAUUCCACGUGAGAAGUUUCAAACCGACGCGUGGUAAGACGUCUCUCUUGGCUUUGCAUGCCAGUCUAUGGAAAAGUUUUAUCGCAUUGGGGUUAUAUUAAAGAUUGACUCGAAAUGCAACAAGAAUUUUUAAUAGAAAAAGUGCGGUAAUAUUAUUUCUUAUAUAGUAUACAAACAAAUGUAUACACAACGAUGUACCACGUGAACCGAAGUCGUAUAGCGUGAGGUGGCGUGGCGUGUUGCUAGUGGGCUUCGACCUCUAUUGUUCUAUAUCAACGUUGUCGUUUUCAAAGUUUAUUAAAAAAAAUUAUUGUGAACGUAUUGUGAUUUCAGUAUCAAUUUAUGACUUAGAUGGCAUUUAAUACUUCUGAUGCAUUUUUAUUUAUACAUGGUUUAUUUACAUGAUACCAAUAUCUUUGUUUUUAUUAUUUUGUACAUAAUUUUCAAUUAUUAAGGAACUAUAAAUAACUAGGUUGGAAAACAAUCCACUGGCAGUAUUAUAUAAUAUGUUUCAAUCAUUAAAUACUACUGAAAUAAAUAUUUUAGAAAUUUAUUACAAAUCAAAUAUACAAAUGUUUUUGUUAAUUUCUGUUAAAAGAUACUAGUUAAUUGGUAGUCGAGGAAAUAUUAACUGCAAACCUCAUACACUCCUUUUGUCGUGAUAUUCGUAUUCAGCAGCCUCGAAAACCCCCAGGAAGUCACACCGGGCACCAGCUACUACGCAGGUUAUCGUGUUCAACGAUCUUGAAAACUGACGAGAGUAAAAUUUAUUUUCGAUAAUAUUUUGCGAGCUAUAAAUUUUCAUUUCUUAACCAUUCGAAAUGUACGCUUCAAAAUACAUUUUUCUUCUACACAUAUGCAAUUUUAAUAUUUUUUUUUUAGUUUUUGUUCAUAAAAUUUCCUGAGGUUGUCUUCAAUCGAAUGCACUUUGUUGUAUCUUGAUCGAUCUUACUGUUCUGAACUUCCUAGGUUAUGUGCUUCAUUUCCUCGACUAUAACAUAUGGUAUAAUUGUUUCAUUCUCAUAGAUCUUACUUUACAAUGAUUGCAGCCAACGCAUGCAAGCGAACAGUGUGGUUACGAUAACGGCGUCUAAACAGAAAUUCCACGAUGUAACCAUCCAUGUGAUAAUCAAGGUGGCCAUAUUUUGGCAUAUUUUCACGUGUAUCACACCACACUCGCUCCAAUUUUUAAAUGUAUGCACCGGAAACAGGAUCCACGAGUAUGAUUAACUGUCACGUGCUCGAAACCUAUAACAUUAAAUAAAAGAAAUACCUACAUUUUUCACGAUAAGCUUUUAACGAUUGACCUAACCUAACCUAACCUAAAAUAACCUCACCUAACCUAACCUAACCUAACCUAACUCAACAUAACCUAACCUAACUUAACCUAAAAUAACCUAACUCAACCUAACAUAACCUGACCUAUUAUCAUAUGCUAUUGCUGUAGAGGACCGCCUAUUCCGAUAUGAUGAUGGAUAAUUAUUGACAUUCAAUAUGCAUAAGGUAAUGAGUGUUUUGACUGGAAAUAUGUGUCUCCUCCAGCUUUAAAGUACUUUUGGAGCCCUAAAAAACAACCCUAAAUGGGCGAAAAAAUUUAUUUCUCAAUAAUCAUCUCGGGUUUGGUAUUAUCAGCAUCUGUAUCACUUGUGUUUUUAUUGCCUUCUAUAACAUUCAUUCAACGUAUAAAACAAAAUAAAAACAUGAUGGUAAUAACAACAAAAAGUAACUAUACGAUAUAAUUUUUUUACUCAUUUUAUCUUUUGUCUUAUAGCAGCUCUAUUAUGUGUUUACAGGGCCUGAUUAAGAUUUAUAAACCCUGAAAAAUUCACAAAAUAAUAUCAAUACGUUAGAUUUGUGGUAUCAACACCCCCAAGCCCCUAACUUAAUCCGGCCCUGUGUGGUUAGGAUGUUAGUUUAUAUUAGGUGAGAAAUAAUUGAUUUUAUUAGUAAAUACAUCAUUCCAAGAUUUGAUGUUGAUUAAAAGUCGAAAAAAAAUAUGAUUUAUUACAAUGCAAUUUCAAUAAUUGAUAAAAACCUGACCAAUAUUUCGUCGAACAUUUUGUAAGGACCCAUUAGAAUAUAAAUUUAAAAUUCAUUGUAUCGUUAGUUUAAGUAAUGAAAAUUAAUAAUAACCGCUAAUUUAUUAAACAUAAUUGCAAAAAAAUAAAUAAUUCCACUCUAUAUUUAUCAAAACCGUUUUUAUCUAUCUGUUUUGCUUUCAGAAAUAUAACUCUAGUAAAAAAGCACUACAAAAAUUAAUUUAAUUUUCAAAAGAAGCCUGAAAUUAUAAUUCAGCUGUUAUAUAAUCAUAUACAAGUCUAUCUACGCUUCUAUCAUUUCCCCACAAGAGAAAAUUUUGUGGUGAAAUAUUUAUUUAUGUUCAUCACUAAAGUAAAAUGGUUCAAAUGAGACUUGAAAUAAUAGACAUUAACCAAACUGAACCUAACGCUCAAACUGCAACCAAGAUCUUUAGACAAGAUAGAUAAAAAUACUCAUACAGUUAGAAAAAUGAAUCAGCAAAUAUAUAAACCCGACGAACUAGAAGCAUCAAACUUAAUUUUUUAUUAGGAUAAUAAAUAAAGGAUUUUAUUUAUUCUUCUAAGACCAGUUACUUUGUGAAUAGGUUGCACUCUUAGUGAAACACGCCAUGGGAAAAACAUGGAUUUUCCGAAUUUAGACCACAAACCUUCAAAAAUUGGCUUGUGAUCGAAAAUUGUUUAAACUCAAACGGCAAAUUGGUUAGGAUAAUAGAGAUCCUCGGAAUAAGAACACGGUGUUUUUCACGUGCAUUUUUUUCAGUCAUAUAAAUCGCACUUCAAAUUAGUGAACAAAUUACUCAUCUUCUUUCUCGCACAUUUAUUCGACAUCUGUGUUGUAUGGGCUAGACAGUGAAUGACGUAGGAACGAUUUGACUUUAAUUAGGAAUUCGUUCCAUAAGUUGUACUAAUUAUUUGCAUGUAUUAUGAUCACUUAAAACAAAAUAACGACAGGAAAAUGUCUGAAAUCUGAAGUGAAAUCAAAACUUCUAUAUGUCGAAAAAUGGCAAGGUUAUUAAUUAAUAAUUUCUCAAUUCACAUACCAACAAAGCCGAAAACUUGUAUUUGAACGAAUUGAACGAACUAACUACUAUGGCAAAACAACCACCCCAUAACGUGUCUUUAGCCUCUUACCUCUUAUAGAAAAUUUAUUGUUUUAUUAGGUCAUUCAUAUUUGAGAAGUUUACAAUCGAUUUUUUCUAUAGAUAUACAAAUAAUUACACACGCUUCUCCAAGUUUUGUGGAAUAGGUCAUAGGAAUCGAACCAAAUUUAUUGUCGUUAAUGUUAUGAAAUACUACAGGCAAAUUAAGCGAUUUGCCGUUUUGGGAUACUGAAUAUGUCUAGCAACUCUUAACAAAAUUACGAGCACGGAUUUUCGAAAUGUUACGACUUGAAGUUCAAAAAAAUUUUUUAACGCGAAUAACUCGUAAACUAUGAAGAAUUCGAAAAAAACUGCCAAAUCAAAAAACAAAAUUUUAACUUUAAAAUGGGUUUUUACACUAAAAAAUAUUUUGAUUUGCGAAUAAGUCGAAAACUACGAGGAAUUCGAGGAAAAGUGCUGGAGCAAAAAAUGUACAACACAAAAUUCUCUAAAGAUUGAUUUCCAAGCAUGUUUUCCAAACCUCAAAAUUUUCAUCGUAAAAUGGGUUCAUGUACUCAAAAACAUUUUGAAUCGCAGUUAACUAGAAAACUAUGGGGAUUUCGAAACAAACUGCCGGACAAAAAAUGUGGAGCACAACAUUCUGUACAAAAAAGGUUUCAAUUUUUUCCCAACCUCAAAAUCCCCAUUAUAAAAUGAGUUUGAACACUCAAAAAUGUAGAGCACCAAAUGAGUACUCACAGUUUUGUGAAAGAGAAACUAUUAAAAAGUCUGUGAAAAUUGAAAUAAUAAUCAACCGAGAACGAACGUAGUAUUAAUGAUCGCGUUUUUUAUAAGUUAGUUCAUUUGAAACCAAGAAGUAGUUCAUGUGUGUUAUAUACAUGAAAAUUUUGAAAAUAACACGAACGACAAAUCUCUCGUUGGAUUUGCUUGUUUAUAUGGCGAGUGAUGAAAUGUAUCCAUUGAAACUUCUAAUGCUUGUAUGGCCAAUAUACCUGUUCAUCUCGCAAGAUUCUCAAAAAUUAUGCUAGCUUACUCCAGUAUAAAAUAGAGAUGUUAACCAUCAUGAUGCAUUUCUAUUUUUUUGAAAACUAAAUAGUUUUCCAAGAGUUAGAGCAGCUUCCAUGUGAGAUGGAACGUAAAUUGGCUUGAUUCACACUGGCAGGAAUUCGCAAGCGGAUGCUACGGCUUUCGACGUUGAGGGAAAAAGAGAAAAAAAUCACCAGAUACGUUUUUUGUAGAAAAAUUUAUGCUCUACAUUUUUUGUUAGUGCAGUUUUUUUCGAAGUCCUCCUAGUUUUCAAGUUAUUCGCGUUUAAAAAUAUUUUUGAGUUACAAGUUUCCAAAAUUUCGAAAACCCGUGCCUGUAAUAUCAUUAAGAGUUGCUAGGUUUAUUCAGAAACCGAAAAUCAGAAGCGCCCAAUUUAUUUUCAGGUUUAAUCCCAUUUUACCUGUAUUAAAAACACAUUUUAAGCACCUUUACAUUUAAUAAAAGGCUCCAAUAAUGUGGAAUUCACUAAAACAAAUCUGUGUUGAUUAUACAAUUUUUGACAUCCUACAAUGUGGAUAAAAUCCUUUUCUCUCAUGGAGUAUAUCGUAAGUUUAGUGAUGGGAUAUAUUUUUUAAUCUAGAAAUGAGGAAGUCAUUUAGCCCUCUUUAGUCAAAAACUUUUAUGGAAACUUUUGGCAUGUGGUUAUUUGACUUCCUUAUUUUGAUCGCUAAUUUCAUUUGGAAAGUGCUGUAGCUGUUAAAAAUGAAACUAGUAAUAUAAACUAUUUUGAAGCAGAUGGUAUAUUAAAAUAAGUCUAUUUAUCGCGGUCAUCCAAAUUUGUAAAAUAACAAUAAAUAUGGCGGUUUUUACAUACUCGGUUAGAUCACUGUGUUCUGUUUACCUAUCUUCGCAAACUAACACACUAUUUUCAGUUUUAUACACCCUCGGCUGAUCCAAAUUACAUGAUCAAAAGUAAUCAUAUUAAAUAGUUUCCACGCAAUAAUUUAUCAAUUGACUAUAAUACAUAGUUUAAACCAAAUCUGAUAGAUAGAAACUAAGAUUUUGAAUAUACCGAAAUCUACAUAAAAUGUUAGAAGUGUCUUGUUCAAAAAGUUAAAUUGAAAUAAAAAUGUGUUACUAAAGCAAUUACAUCUUUACAUUUGUAUCGAUUGCUUACAUAUCGAACAAACAUCAACCUGUUCGUUAUUUUCAAAUUCUCUCGUACCUAUUUAUGUUGCUACUAAUUUUCCCCUUAGGUCAGUAUUAGUAAUUUUGAUGAAUGUUAAAUAGUUGUCAAUAUAUUUUGUGUUAAAACCAUCAACUACAGAAAUUCACAAGAGCACGUUGUUAAAAAUUAUAUGUGAAUAAAAAUGUGAAACA